AGCUGCAGGCUUUUAUUCGGGCCAAGUCGCAGCACAAAGUCACACCUGCACUCAACCAAUCUCACCUCGGUGCCGGCCGCUCCACUGCUGCAGGAAAAAGGGUUCUGCUUCUGGUUCUGCUUCUGCUUUUCACCCCGCCCGGCCUCCAGCACCCUCCAAUUUGACGCCUGUUGCGCACCGACCGCAGCCGCCCACAGGUCACCGUCGCCGGGCUGCCGACGGGCUGCGAGUCCGUCCGGUCGACCGGAUUUGGAAGGAGGACGAUGCGCCGGCGUGCGUGCUGAGCGUGGACUGAUUGUGGAAGUUUGGCGGCAACAACUGAAAGAAACAAACUUCAACAAUUACCAUAUAUAUAUAUAUAUAUAUAUUUAUUUAUAUAUAUAUAUAUAUUUUAUUUUAUUUUUUAAAAAGGGACAUUUUUUUCACUACUGGAGAAUCCACGAUGAGCAAACCUGCCGGCUCAACAAGUGGCUGUUUGGAUAUUCUCAAUGUCAAGUCAAGCCGCAUCCUGGACAUCCCGUGCAAAGUGUGCGGGGACCGCAGCUCGGGCAAGCACUACGGCGUCUACGCCUGCGACGGCUGCUCGGGCUUCUUCAAGAGGAGCAUUCGCCGAAACAGAACUUACGUGUGCAAGUCCGGUUCUCAGGGGGGGUGUCCUGUGGAUAAAACUCACAGAAACCAAUGCCGAGCGUGCCGCUUGAAAAAGUGUCUGGAAGUCAACAUGAAUAAAGACGCCGUCCAACACGAGCGAGGACCCCGAACAUCCACCAUCCGAAAACAGGUGGCCCUGUACUUCCGAGGUCAUAAAGAGGUGAACGGGUCCUCGACGCAUUUCCCGGGAUCCUCUCUGCCGGGCCCGCCCUUCUUCACCACGGUCACGCAACUGGAGCCUCACGGUUUGGACAUGAGUACGGUGGCCAGCACGCCAGAGAGGCAGGCCAUCAUGGGCCUGGCACAGCCCACCCCCAAGUACCCCCACGAAGUCAGCGCCACCCCCAUGUACCUGUACGAGGUGGCCACCGAGUCGGUGUGCGAGUCGGCGGCGCGCCUCCUCUUCAUGAGCAUCAAGUGGGCCAAAAGCGUGCCCGCCUUCUCCACGCUCCCCUUAUCUGACCAGUUGAUUUUGUUGGAGGAUGCGUGGAGGGAAUUGUUUGUCCUGGGCAUCGCGCAGUGGGCUAUCCCCGUGGACUCCACGACUCUACUUGCCGUUUCUGGGAUGAACACCGAAAACACGGAAUCCCAGCGGAUGAACAAAAUCAUGUCCGAGAUCCAAGCGCUUCAAGAGGUGGUCACCAGGUUCCGACAGAUGCGGCUGGACGCCACGGAGUUCGCCUGUCUGAAAUGUAUCGUGACGUUCAAAGCCGUUCCCACGCAGGGCGGCGCAGAGUUGAGAAAUUUCCGCAACGCCAGCGCCAUUGCAGCGUUACAAGAUGAGGCACAGCUCACGCUCAACAGCUACAUACACACCAGGUACCCGACUCAACCGUGUCGUUUCGGCAAGCUGCUGCUGCUGCUGCCGUCUCUGCGCUCUGUCGGCCCUUCCACCAUCGAGGAGGUGUUCUUCAAGAAGACCAUCGGCAACGUGCCCAUCACCAGGCUCCUCUCUGACAUGUACAAAUCCAGCGACAUAUGACCUCACCGACCAAACCCGCCUGCUUGGAGAAAAAGAAAAGACUUGAAACACAGCCCCCCCCACCCCCCCGCACUCGAGACCCACCCGGCAGGCUGUAGAGUUAGCAGAAGCACAUCUGUAUGAACAAAGACAAGUUCAUCAACUAGCCUGUUAACAGGGGCUCUAGUUAAAGGAUUAGUGUAACCACCAUAAUAGAUGUACCUAUAAAGAAGCACUGGCGUGGACAGAGGCGAGCUAUACAUGUAGAAAUACAGAUGACUAAAGACUGUGGGGAGCAGCUGCCAAGUGAGUUGACAAAGACGUUCUAUAUGAAAAUUGCAAGUGUCUGUGAGACCAAUGAGCUUGACGACCAAUUUAAUAGUUAAUUGCUGUGUUCAAUCCCAGUGGAGGAAACCAAAAAAAAAAAGAAAAAAAAGAAAAAAAGAAGAGUAAUAGGUGAUGUAAAAUACAUCACCCCCUCCUCAUCUGGUGUCCGAAUCAAACACAUCCGGCAAUGGGAGAGGAAAUGACUACUAAUGUGGGAAAAGGAGGGGGGCUCUCAAUGGACAUGCAACUAAAGAUGGUGUGUGUAUUUAAGUGUUUGUAUCCAGACGGAACAUUAAAAUGUUUAGGUCAACUUAAAAGUUAGACACUAACAUGGAUUAAAAAAUAAUAAUAUUCAGCACUUGGGAGCUGUUUUGUGGAAUAACAAGGUGGUUUUAUUUUGUUGUAAAUACUUGGGAGUUAUAACUAUUUAGAGGUGAAACCAUAUGAA